GGCGGGCGGCACGACUGCACUUUGGUCGUCAGGCUGGCGAGGUACCUUAACAGCCCACACAACGGUUCCCGGGGUUUGAAAAGAGUCUGCAGAGGCGUUUGGUUCAGGAUCCGAAAGGAAAGGAAACGCCGCGACGUCCUUUCAACACAAUUUCUACGAAAGAAUUGUCCCGUUCUGUGUCGCCUCACUCACCGUCUUCGACUGUCCUGUCGCAGCCAGAGCCUCUGAUCUACACCAUUUCCUUUCGCUCUCUACGUUUGCAGUGUCACCACUCGUUAGAGCAAAACCGCCACCAUGAGAAUUGAAACAUGCCAUCUCUGUUCCCGGCCGGUGUACCCAUCCAAGGGUAUAACGUUUGUGCGCAACGACGCCAAAGUUUUUCGGUUCUGCCGCUCCAAAUGCCACAAGAACUUCAAGAUGAAGCGACAACCCCGUAAAUUGAAGUGGACCAAGACAUCGCGUGCCCUGCGCGGCAAGGAGAUGAUUGUCGACCAGAACCUCCUCCUGUCACAGUUCGCCAAACGACGCAAUGUGCCCGUGAAAUACGACCGGAACCUGGUGGCUGCAACGAUGAAGGCGAUGGAGAGAAUCGAAGAGAUCAGAGCGAGACGCGAGCGUGUUUACACGAGGAGGAGACUCAGUGGCAAGGCCGCGCGCGAGGCCAGGAAGAGACAGGAUCUCAAGGCCAUUGCACAAGGCGAACACCUCAUCCGCAAGGAACUCGCCGACCUCGAGGCCGCGAGAGCCGAGACGGAUCCUAUGGCCGAACAAGUCAAGUUGGAGGUGGAAAUGGACAUUUCGAGAGUCGUGGGAGAGGAACGGGUCCGACAGAAGAGGAAGAGGAAGAUGCUCGUCGGUGGCGGCACCGAGGAGGAAAUGGACCUGGAUUGAGUGCGUGUAUGUCGUGCACUUUGAAUUUCAACUCAUGGUUCGGAGGUUUCUAACCCCUUUACCUUCAUGCGUCACGAUACCCGUCUGGUGUUUGGGAGUUCUAUGGAUCAGGAGAAGAAAAAAAAAAGAAUUUUUUUUGUUCCUAUCUUCCUCAAUACUGAAUCGAAUCGAAGAAUAAGAAGAAGAAGCCAGACUCUGGGACCCUGAACUGCUUUUGUUGGUGUUCAAGUUGGCAGCAUUGCCCCAAAGCAGAAGCCAUUUAUUCUAAGAGAGACUAGGCACUGAAGCACCAGAACUCACAUGGCCAAGCGUACUCGCUCUUCUCGAACGAAAUUGUCAUCGCUGUUUCUGUCUGGACGUUGCCCUCAGUACCAGAGCAUUGUGGAGAAUCCCUUCCACCCAGUUCUCGCGCCCGGAUAAGGAGAGGGCCAAACUCUUGACCAGUCAUCUCGAACAUCAAACCGUCAAACGCGGCACUCCCUCAGACUUUCAGUACGCUGUGACUAUUGCCAGGCAGCGGCGGCAUGAUUCCAAUGCCACAAAAAGUAUCUCGCGGGCAGACUGUAAUCCAGCCAAAGUGCCCUCUAUUUCACAGGCACAGCCUGGACUUCUGAUGAACUAUACCCAUGGUUCCUCUGUACACUACUUACACAAGUUUCAGUGAUUUUGGGUUUGGCCCUGUACCCAUGCCACUAAUGGUGAAUGAAGACCGCGAGUCAUUUCCUGGUUUCUUGAAACAGAGGCAUCCGGGAUGUUCUCUACCUCGAAGGUCUACGGCGAUGGAUGGAUUUAUGUGCGAAGUCAGCCAGGCCAGCGCCACGGUUUCUAGUUGAUGGAUAUUUUGUGUGAAUGCUAUCAGCCUGCCACUCCUUGAACUCCCUUGUUCUUAUCGGGGUGCCAUUCUUCAACUGAGCAGCCUAAAUAGCGUGCAUUUGCUGGGCCAGGCAAAGGUAUUCGUGGGUAGUACUGUAGUUGCAGGAAACGAGGAGAGCCAUGGCUGCGCACACUCGCAAAAAGAACAGCUCGAUACAGAAGAGUGCUCAAUUGAAAUAAUUAUUCUGUCCA